AUGGCAUAUUCUUUGCUACGCAUCUUUAUUGUGGGAGCAGCUCUCACCAUAAUUCUUGAUGCCAAGAUAAUCAAACUAAGCAAUAUUUCAAGCGGAGAAAGUGUAUUGAAACCACGUUCUCUACACCUGAGGAACAGUAUUCAGGGAAAUGUGGAGAUUGCUGAUGAUGUACUUUGGAGUCUUGAAGUCAAGAUCACGGGUUUCAACGAAUUUUAUGAACAAGAUGUCGCACUUUAUUGCGGGGUGGACGAAAAAGACUCGAUUCUUGAUAUCCAAGUCUUCCAGAAGAACCCUCCAUCUUCACCCCAAGCUGCAUCCAAGACGCUGGUAACUGUCGAUAUAAUUUUGAGGGGCCCCGGCUACUUAAUCAUGCCUGGUUCGAAGAUUUUCUUCAAAACCAAGAGCACUGGACGAGUUUUUCUAAAGCACUGGAGUGGAUAUAAGGAUGCAAUCGAAGUAUAUGAGGUGCCGCCGGUAUACCGUAUGCUUGACAUUUCCCAUCCAUGUUAUGAUGCCUGUGAGAAUGCUUGCGAUGUUCUGGAUCACUUUUGUUUGCCUUGCAAAAGAGGCUUUGAAUUUGACGCUGGGAAAUCAGAAAGGAAUGACGUAGAAUGCAAAGAUAUCGAUGAAUGUGACAUUGGCACGCACACCUGCCCAACAAACACGCAGUGUGAGAACACAAUUGGUGGUUACAGCUGCAAAUGUCGUGAAGGUUUCUUUGGAGAUGGGCUGAAUUGUCAAGCGUGUAAACCUUGCCCAUCUGGAUGGUACGAGUUUUUGCCAUGCAACGCAACACAUGAUGUAGUUUGCAAAAAAUGCAGUCCGCCAUGUGAACGCUACGCAUACGAAGUCCAUUCUUGUGGAGUUGGGUAUGACAGAAAGUGUGAAGAUAUUCUCACAGGUCUUCAACCAAUCGAUGCUUCUUCGAUGUUAAAGCCAGCUAAAAGUGAGAGAAUAUCCUAUUUUCCAUUUGACCCACCAAUUGCCACAGUAUUCAGGAAAAAAAGAUUUUUAACAGAAUUGCUUAGCAUAAAAAAUUUCAUCUGUCUUGAUGAAAUGGAACCUGGUUUUCCUGGAUCUGAGCUCGCUCCUUUUGCUGGCCUUGAAGAAUACAUCAUAACAGAUGACCGAAUGCGUUCCACAGCAGCCGAGACGAGCCUCGAAUUUGCAGAGAACGUGGACAGGGAAGCGACAAUAUGGCGUUCGAGUUACUUGCAGAUUGAUUUGAAACUAUCGCACGUUAAUGUCUUACCAACCUUUGCCGACUCCGCUCCAUUGAUACCCGAACAGGACAGGUUCUUUGCAGAUUUUAGUGGGUUGGUGGAGAUAAAAAACUCAUACUGUCGCCAUCCCAUUGGUGAUAGCUACGCCUUAAAACACGAGUUUUAUAAUGAUUAUAAGACUACAGUGACAAAAAGAUAUUGCACGACGAAGCAAAAGGAUCUAUGCCCAGAUGAAGCAGGGUUCGGCCAGGUGUAUGCAAAAAGAAGUGCUAUACCAUGUGGCAAUGAAAAUAAAAUCAAGCUCGAUCAUACCAAGUUGGUUUGCAGUUCAUACGUAAACAUAGCUUCAGUAUUCGGGAUUACAAAGUAUAUGUUUGACGAUGCCCUAGUGUGGAAAUUUCAGGAGAAAUCAUGUUCUUAUUUAUACACUGCGUGCAGUCAGUGUAGGAAAGAUAAGUGCACGGGAGAAAAACCGAGGUUGUCCUGCGAGAAGCAAUGUGAUUACAUUUGCCAAUGUUAUCACAAAAAGCAUUGUGCAAAAACAAUGGUGCAUUGUGCCACGGGUGAUCUGAGUGAAUGGACGCUCACACAGAGGUUCGAAGGUAGAGAUUUGUCUGAAAGGUUCAAUUGCUAUUUAAAGAGAGUCAUUGCUGACAAGCUUUUUUCAAUAAGCUAUCGCGUUAAAGUUCCUAAUACUGAACUGAAGAGCGAUUGGAUCCGUGUCAGCGAGAGACAGGUUCAAAAAAGAAAAGAUGUAUUUAAAAUUGGCAAUUUUGAAGUCAAGUACGAAAGAGGCGAAACACUCACAGACAAUAUCGUCCUAACUGGGCACAGAUCAGGCCAAAGAAGUGCUGCCAAAUAUUUUUUUGACUUGCGUAACAUCAAAGGACUCGUUCAAGCGGACUUUUUGCAAACAAGAGGUGAAGUUAAUUUUGUACCUGCACAGCCGUUUUCCCACGCAAGGCACCAGUGGUCGGACGAAUCAAAUUGCCGAGUGUUGUCAUUCUGGGAAAAGUAUUUAGCAAAGACCGAGUCCCCCAUUCUUGAUAUGGCUGUUAACAAGGUAGGAAAAUCUGGUCAAAGUUUUUUAUACACAGUGCAAAGUCACAAGGAGAACACGAAAAUUAACAUUUCGUUUUCAAGCAGUAAACCUGUACUGAACUAUCUUGGAAAAGUAGCCAGAAUUAUAAAGCUGAAUUCAACAGCAAAAGCAAAUUCUAGUCACUGGAUAUUACAUUUGAAAGCAAAUAUAACCGCUUGUCCGGCGUAUUACGAAAUAACGGUCAUCGAAAAGACAGCUAGUGCUUUGGUUCUAAAGCAAGAUAUCUUGGUGCUCUGUCCAUCAAAUCAUUUUCAUGUUGUUGCGGUUGUUCCAAAGAAGAUGUUACUUCCAGCUUACAAAGCGCGUUUGUUUAUGGUUUACGUUUCAAAUGGGAAAAACGUUUACGAGGUCCACAUUGAGAAGUUGGAUGAGCUGAAAGUGGAAGGGCGAUUUGACUUCAAAAGAGCCACGGAAAAGAAGUCGGUGUCAAAGAAAAACUUUGAUGUACGCAUGCUCUCAAAGUUUGAUUCAAUCAUUCUUCUCACCGGCGUCUUUAUAAUUGGAAUCAUUACGCUGUUAGUGCUUGCGUGUUUGAUUAGGCCAAGUAAAGAGCAAAAAGCCCGCCAAAAGGGACGUCAGCAUGCCGCAGUGCAACUUGGUCAAAAGGACGAUGUGAGGAAGCAGCUUGAUAACGAGGAUAAACUUCAAUGGAGGCAUCUCAUUCCAAUUGUCUUUCUGGUGGCGUUUCGCGUUGCUUAUAGUUUUGUGCUCACUGUUAGUUUUGUUGUCAUCGUUUUCAACAUUGUAAACAAAAGCGAUCUUGAAGAUGUCCAAGACUUUAAAGAAUUUGUCCAAUUAAAAAUCAACCAGAGCAAUCAGAUUUCCCUCGCUUUGGAUCUAUUUCGUGAGAGUGAGACUAAGAUAAUGACAGACAAAGCAGCCUUUAUGGAAUGUGCAUGUGAUUAUCACAUGGGAAGAAUAAUGAGGAACAUGCGUGAUAAUAUGACUGCCAUGAUACAGCUGCACGAUUUGAUAGCUUUUGACAAGAUCAGCGAAGCACUGAUGAGAGUUGUGCUGAAAAGAGUUGCUGUAUUGUCAGCUAUUAAUGGCAAGAUGUACCGUUAUAAGGGAAGGAUCGCCAGGACAUUAUAUCACAUUGAGAGCAGACUAAACGGUUACGCUUAUAGGAUUUAUAGGAAUAAGUAUUUUACGAUGGCCCGGGGCUUAUGGGGGGCAUGGCAGGACUUCAGAUCACUUGAUUUUCUCAGUUCUAUAGGAUCUUUUGAUUCUACAAGAUAUUAUCAGAUUAAACGUGAGAUUGCUUGGCAACUGAGGAAGUUGAAAAACAUGUUUAAAUUUGAUUCGAUCGUGAAAAGGUUGUUGAAGCCUCUCUACCCUAUUGCCAAUGCAUUGCUGGCACCCUUACGAAACAUGAAGAGAAAAGUGAAGGAGGCAGUUUAUCAUAGAAUCAAUAGCAUUAAAGACAAAAUCCUUAGAAACAUUCCAUGUAUAGGCAAUAUUGAUAUGAAGAAAUGGCAGCGGUAUGAUGAUGAUGAUUACGACGAAGAGGCCAGGAAGAGGUGUCGUAUACAAGCAGCUAAUAAAUUCAUGGAGAGAAUUAUUGACAAUAUAAAGUCAGCAAAGAAUAGUUCGGGUCAAUUUGUUGUCAGUUCUGUCAGAGAUGAUGCUUCAUUCAACAUCCUAGAGGGAGACGCGUACGAAGAAGCUCACGAGAAUAGACAAGAAAAACGACUAGCAACUUUUAAAAAGCUUGCAGAUUAUUACAAAGGAAGCGAAGAGGCUAAGGUAGCAUUAAGGCUGCUGAAGUCACAUUCGGUCAUUUUAGUUUUAAUUUUUGACGUAUUGCUCAUCACAUACCGAAGCCUUAAAACAUACCGAUUUGCUUUUAUGAUGGCAUCAGGGUAUGAAAAGAAGGUGGAGUAUAAACGCAUUGGGGAGAAACUCAGAGGCGACGAAAUCAAGAAAGAGAGAUCAGCUGGAAGGAAAAUGGUCGACUGCGUGGCAAAGUUCAUCUCACUUUUCUUCAGUACGUUUACAUUAAUGCUGAAACUGAUUUUCACGACAAUUCUCAUACCAGUUUUGGUGAUAAUUAUAGCAAUACUAGUUUCAUUUUACCUGACAAUAGCAUUUGCCUAUAAUGGAAUGAAUGUAGAUGCGUUGGAGAAACUUGGUGCAUUCAAAUUUCUAUCCAGUCGCUUGGAUCUGAACUUUAACGUGACAAGAGAAGCGUUGAAAGAGCACGCUUUGUAUCUCAACAAAUUCGACGUAGGCAUGUACAAAGAAUCUAUUCGCGUGCAGACUGAAGAAUUUCGUAACACUGUCAAGGAAUUCAACGCAGAUGAAAUUAUACGCGUGCAGCGUUUGCACGCAGAACUUUGUGAUACUGAAGAUAGACAAGCGUGUAACAUAGACUUCAAAAGACUGAUGGAGAAGCUUGAGAUGAAUGUCAAACCGUGCGUUUUUCCGGUAAUAAAGACUGAAGAUGUUAUUCGUAACACUGUCAAGGAAUUCAACGCAGAUGAAAUUAUACGCGUGCAGCGUUUGCACGCAGAACUUUGUGAUACUGAAGAUAGACAAGCGUGUAACAUAGACUUCAAAAGACUGAUGGAGAAGCUUGAGAUGAAUGUCAAACCGUGCGUUUUUCCGGUAAUAAAGGCGCGAAUGCCGGACAACAUUUACGACAGUGAGGCUUAUCGAAAACAACUGAAGCAUGAAUUGAAACAUUAUGUUGAUUCUGCUCGAAAGAUUUGCAUCAACACUCUUUAUAUAAUUGCUGGCAUUGUUGGAACUAUACUUUUAACGGUAGUUGGGUCAAAGCUGAUUUUCAAAUUCUUAAUGAAACUGGGUAUGAUAAGAGUAAAGGAAAGACAUAUUUACCACGAACUACCUAUAACGUUAAGAAAACGAUACAAAGAUGGCCUAUAACAAUAAGAGCUGUAAAAAAAGAACUCUACUUGCACCUCUUCACAAACUGCGCUGCAUAAAAGAGUCUGGAUUGUAAAAGAUUUUACAUUCCUCAUUUUCAGUGAUGCUUAAAAUCUCAUAAUUGCUUUAUUUAUUUGUUUGAACAUGCCUCCUGGAUGAAAUUGAUUCCAAAA